CCCGGCCAUCCAGGGCACCAUGGAGCUGCCACCGGGCUGUCUUCUCCUCCUUGCUGCCCUGCUCCCCCUUGCCAAGCGGUCCAGCCCGGCCCCGCACAGAACUGGACAAGAGGAGCUGGGGAUGGCAAAGCCUGGGUACUGCUACCACAUCCCAGAGGUGGAGGACCUGCUGGACAAGGACUGUGGCUCCUGCCACAUGGGUGCCUCCUGUCAGCGCUGCACCAGCGAUGCCGACUGCCGCGGAGUCACCAAGUGCUGUCCCAGCAAAUGUGGCUACACGUGCCAGGAGCCAGUGCUGGACUUCUGCUACCUGCCCUCGGUCUGUGGGAACUGCAAGGCGCUCUUCCGCCGCUUCUUCUUCAACGCCUCCAGCCAACAGUGUGAGGAGUUCAUCUACGGCGGCUGCGGCGGCAACAGGAACAACUUUGAGACCAUGGGCGAGUGCUUCCAGGCCUGUUCCCACGUCAGUAACUAG